CCGAAGCUUGUAAGUUCCACUAAUGCAUUAGCCUUAGAAGGGAAGUAUAACUGAUUUGCAUGUAAAAUAUAUGAUGAGCUUAAAUAUUUAGUUUAACUCUAAAAAUAAGUAUGACAGUGCGAAUCAUAAUAAGGCUAAGAUAAAAUUGAACUUUAACUCGUUGUUUUCAGCACAAUUGUUGUGUGUUGUUUGUGUUUGAGUUUGUGUGUGAGCCUGAAUAAAUGAAGUAAAGAUUGCAACAUUGUAAUCCCCCUUGGUAAGCCUAGGUGCUCUUGAGAAAGCAAUGACAAAUAUUGUUAAAUAAAAAGUAAAUAAAAAUAGGAAAAAAAAAAACACGACAAAAUGGUUAAUUAAUGGUUAACCAUCCUUUUAUGUUUCUUCUUUAAGUGGAUGGUUGUAAAAAUUACUCAGUCUUAAGUGAAGCAGACCGCGCCCAAGGAAACACGUCGUCGCCCCAUCAGAAAUGCCAUAGGGACCUGGUAACUGGUUGGUACCGUUUCGAAGGAGCUGCUGGGGAUCGGAUGCCGGACAAAUGUGUUCUCAUGGAACACUGCGGUACUAAACAUUCAGGUUGGCUUAAUAGUGAACACCCGACUGUCACCGAAGGUGUGGUUACACGUAAAGUCUGUUAUAGCGGGAUACAUAACUGCUGUUGGCGGAGUAACAUGGUUAAAGUGAAGAACUGUAGUGGUUAUUACGUGUAUGAGUUACAGAGGAUGCCUUAUUGCAGUUUUCGUUAUUGCGGCAAUGCUGGUGCUUUGGCUGGCUGUACAAAUUACACGGUUUUGCGUCAAGCAGGCCACACUCAAGGAGACGUAUCGCAGAGUAACAGGACAUGCGAUAGAACGGAGCUGGUAACUGGUUGGUACCGUCUCCAAGGAGUUGUCGCGGAUCGGAUAAAAGACAAAUGUGAUUCCAAAGGACACUACGGUGUUGAGUACCAAGGUUGGCUUCGUGGUUCACACCCGACGGUCACCGAAGGCGCAGUGACUCGUCAAGUCUGCUUUAGUGGUAACAAAUCUUGCUGCCCAUGGAAGAACCUAAUCAAAGUGAAGAACUGUAGUUCUUAUUACGUGUAUGAGUUACACAAGAACACUACAUACCAUCUUUGCUACUCAGCAAGACUAGCAACAGCAAAAACAACAACAACAACAACAGCAACAUCAACAACUGCGGCAACAACAGCAACAUUGGUAAGUAUAAAGGGCAGCUGUUAAUUUUAGCGUGGACAGUUGGUUACGUAGCAGAUCCACGCCACUCCUAGUUUUUCACAUACAUUAACUCACACAGAAGAUCAUAAACCUGAAUUAAUUUCCAUCUCCUUCAUCCAGGAAACGAAAUUCAUUUCUGCACUGCACAAAUUAGAUGUCUGGCAAAACACUUCCUUGCAGGUAUCUAUUAUUUUCGUUGAUUUGCUGGCAUAUUGACUAACAUACUGAAUUCAUUAAAGGUAAGCAAACAGCUCUAGAUGCGUGACACUAUGACGAUAAACUAAAUAUGAGGCUAAAAAGGCUCUUCCGCAGUAUGUGUAAUGUACGAGCCACGCGAUACAGAAAAAAAAACUGUUCGUGUAUGGCACACAUGGACUAGAAAGCGCGCGCACAAUCUGCGAAGUAAAAAAAAGUCG